GAGCAGAUGAUUGUGAUUCUACCCAAUUUACUUACCAUUUCCAGAAAACCAAAAUCUGUGAACCUCAGCGAAGCAGCAACCUGUUCCAGAAGCUUGGAAGUGGAAGUGGAAGUGGAUUCUUUGCUUUCCAUUACAACACUUUGAGUUUCAGAUAAUGGCGAUCUCCAUUGCCUUCUCCGCGAACACCCAUUUCCCAUUUUCUCCAAUUUCCAGAUCAAUUUCCUCUCUCAGUCCAAGCCUCGCUCUUCUUUUUAACGCCCCAAGAAAUGCCAAUCAUGGGUUUCUGCCAAUUCGACUCUUGGACACCAAAUUGGACAAAAUCAGGGCUGCCUUCUCUCAAAUAUCUUACGACAAGCAGUACCCAAAAGUGGGCGCCAAGUCUCUCGGACCCAUUCCACCUUCCCAGCUAAUUCAAGUCGUUGAAAAUGCCGCCAAGACUGGAGCAGAGGUGGUGAUGGAUGCUGUUAAUAAGCCUCGGAAUGUUGAAUAUAAGGGAUUGACCGACUUAGUAACCGACACAGAUAAAAUGAGCGAGGCUGCUAUCCUGCAAGUUGUAAGAAAGAAUUUCAAAGAUCACCUCAUCCUUGGAGAAGAGGGAGGAAUUAUAGGAGAUUCAUCAUCUGAUUAUCUUUGGUGCAUUGAUCCCUUAGAUGGGACAACAAAUUUUGCACACUGCUAUCCGUCCUUCGCAGUAUCUGUUGGAGUUCUAUUUCGGGGAAAUCCUGCUGCUGCAGCCGUGGUGGAGUUUGUUGGAGGUCCUAUGUGCUGGAACACUCGCAUAUUUACUGCAACUGCGGGUGGGGGAGCAUUCUGUAACGGCCAAAAGAUUAGUGUGAGUCAAACUAGCCAGGUGGAACGAUCUCUUCUGGUUACAGGAUUUGGAUAUGAACAUGAUGAUCCAUGGGCUACAAAUAUGGAUUUAUUUAAAGAAUUCACAGAUGUCAGCAGGGGAGUGAGAAGGCUCGGUGCAGCUGCAGUUGACAUGUGCCACGUAUCUCUAGGAAUUGUAGAAGCUUACUGGGAGUAUCGUCUAAAGCCAUGGGAUAUGGCUGCAGGUGUUUUGAUAGUCGAGGAAGCCGGUGGAGCGGUGACUCGCAUGGAUGGUGGCAAGUUCUGCGUCUUUGAUAGAUCUGUUUUGGUUUCUAACGGCGUUGUACACGACAAGCUUCUGGAGAAAAUCGGUUCUGCCACAGAAAAACUGAAGAGCAAAGGACUUGAUUUCUCAUUGUGGUAUAAGCCAGAAAACUACCAGACAGACCUUUGAACUGCGCCACUUGAUAUCCACUUUUCCAGUCUCCGAGAACAACGUUGCAGAACGAAAUUGCUGUAAGUUUACAUCAGGUAGAGCCAUAAUUUUUCGCUGUUUCCCUUUCCAAAUAAUAAUAAUAGUUUCAACUUGAGGAUGUUUCAUAUUCUGCUUACAUUGUUUUCCAAACUCAGGCUAUGAAUGUUUAGUUGAGAUACAUACACCACAUCACAUCAAGUUCGGUUAAUGUGAUGUUUUAUUUUUGUUCACCUUUGGUUCAAUGACAAUACCUUUGAGGAUCA